GAAGCCAGACGGUUUAGUUCAUACAGUCUUGUUAGGAGCAAAUCCUUGCAAAUAGCAUGCCCGAUUAGAUAUGCAAUUCCUCGACUUUUCUUCUUCCGGGCCAUUCAACUCGGAACACGAUUUGAACUUUUAUUAGACCGUUUUGCGCUGCUUCCUUUUUUGUAUUGAUAUAAGUAAUGGGAAAUUGGAGGCCAUGAGGACUCUUUUCCAGCUCCCCGGGCCUUUGCGCGGGCAAGUCUGGGUGCAUCCGGCGCGAGUCUUCAAGCGCCGAUAUGCGUUCAAAGGUCGGCCUGCGCAUCUCGACCAGCCGGUUGAUGCAGCAGCAGCAAAAGACAGCCUGCUGCCAGAAACACCCGCCAGGACGCGUUUUGCUCCCUCGCCGACUGGAUACCUGCACUUGGGCUCUCUGAGGACGGCUUUGUACAACUAUCUGCUGGCAAAGGCUACCGGCGGCCAGUUUCUUCUCAGGCUCGAGGAUACCGAUCAGUCACGACUUGUGCGAGAUGCUGAGCCAAGGCUGUAUGAGGACCUAAAAUGGGCCGGCCUUAAUUGGGACGAAGGACCCGAUGUAGGGGGUCCCUACGGACCAUACAAACAGUCCGAAAGGCUGGACCUGUACCAUGAACACGCCAAUGAUCUUCUUGCCUCUGGCCAGGCCUACCGUUGUUUCUGCACUCCCGAGGACCUAGAAGCCCUCAAGCGGUACAAUAUGGAGACUAGCCCCAACGGCAGUGGUCAGGGCAAUUAUAAUGGCAAAUGCACCCACGUCUCGACAUCUGAAUCUGACCGCCGCGCCGCCAACGGCGAACCGCACUGCAUUCGAUUCAGGAGCAUCGGUAAGCCGGAGGUACGGGAUCUUGUCUAUGGGAGAUAUAGCAAGCCCGAGAAGGAAGACGACUUUAUCAUCAUCAAAAGGGAUGGUUUCCCUACCUACCACUUCGCAAACAUCAUCGACGACCAUGCCAUGGGAGUCACCCAUGUUGUUAGAGGGGCUGAAUGGCUGGUGUCAACGCCUAGACAUGCCAUGCUCUACGACGCGUUCCAGUGGACAGCCCCGAUAUUUGCCCACGUAGGCUUACUAUGCAACAGCGCCGGUCAAAAGCUGAGUAAACGCUCCGGCGACAUCGACAUCUCGUCGUACAGGGACAAGGGAAUCCUGCCCGUCGCUCUGCUGAACUACGCUGUUCUGCUGGGAUGGAGCCCUGGACGCGGCGAGAAGGGUACGAGCGAGAUUAUGGACCUGGAAGAAAUGAUCAAGAAAUUCCACUUGCGCUUCACGAAGGGCAACAUCAAGAUCUCAAACAAGCUCCCCUUCAUCCAGACCAAACACACAGCCCGGCACCUCGCCUCACUCACCGAGCCCGAGUUCGAGAGACUCUAUCUCCCAUCCAUAAAAGAGACCGUCGCCAACAUCCACUCCUCGGAGGACACCAGACCCGGGACGCUCGUGCCCGCCCUCCGAGCCUCCCCGGGCGCAGGCGGUGACCUCGAUCUCGCCACGACAACAGCGCACUCCCACCUCCUGUCCUUAUUCGCGCUCGACAGGAAGGCCUUCGACGGCGACGUGUCCAAAUUCGUCCUGCGAAACCGCUACCUGAUCUGGCAAACGCCCGCCGACCUGCUCUCCGGCGCGCUCUCGUCGUCACUCUCCUCCUUCUCCUCCCUGCACCUCCUGCCCUCCUCGGCUACCGCCACCACGAAGCCAGACAGGGACCAGGUCCUCGAUGGUGCGGAGACGGCCGUCUCGCCGCGCGCGCUGGUCAGCAUGUUCGACAUGGUCCUCACGGAACAGAUCCCCGAGGAGGCGUGGAGCUCGUCGUCGUCUGGCUUUGCGCUGGAGGAGAGGAUCAAUGCCCUAUGUAACCAGAUCUACGCACAGCCCCGUGCCGUUGAUGAUGGCGAUGCCGCAUCACCAAACGGUGCGAAGCGCUGGGGUCACCAGCUUCUGCGGUGGGUGUUGUUUGCGGGUCAGCCGGGGCCGGCGAUGGUGCAGAGUAUGUUGCUGCUGGGGCGGGAUGAGGUGCUGAAACGUGUGGGCAUAGCUGGUGAGGCUGCGAGGAAGUUCAAGGUCGCCGACAAAGGCACGGUUUAGUAGCAGAUGGGGACAUGGUUGAUGAUGUUCAAGUGCAUCAUUUGGUGUACUUCUAGACUCGCUGUACCAUACUGUAUACAUACAUACAUACAUAGAGCCAAUCCAGUCCAGUUCGAAUCUGGCCAAUGAAUAAGGGAUCAAAUUU